AUGGCCGUGACGUCUCCAAACCAAGACUGGAUUCCCGCACAUCCCGUGGAACGGAGGGUGGUGCGGACGUAUCAAGACGGGCUGUGGGGCGAACACGAGUAUUCACGCUGGCCCCAGCCUCUCGUUCGACACAUGUGGCACGUCGCCUGCAUUCCCUCCUCACGAAACCCACAGCCCGACGUCCCCCCAGUCUUCUGGCUUGCCUUGGCAGCCAGGCGCGAUUGGCAGGAAGAUCCCACCGUCGGCGUCCCUGGCCUCGGGUUCCUCAGCUCCGAGCUCCGCAAAAACCUCUCGAAGGCCGCCCAGUACGUGUCCACGGAGUUUCAGAAUAUCCCUGAUAUCGCCGCGCAUCGUCGCUCCUAUGGACAGCAACUCUGUCUGGUGCUCACGCAAUGUCUGGAUCGCAUGAACCGACUGCCUUCGUACGCCCCGGUUGCCGUCGCGGUGGGCGCGCAUAUACAGCGCGUCGGCUUGGAGCUACUCGGCCUUUGCACCUACUUCCACGAAGUGUUCUCCCGCAUCAACUCCGCAGACGACUUCAGCCAAGACCUCCUUCCGGUCCUGGGUGUGUUCGCGCGCGACGGCGCGACGGUGCAGCUGGCCACCCGGGUUGGACUCCCCGUGUGGUUUCUACAGCCCAUCACACAGCACCUCAAGGUGUGGAAGACGGUAGAGAGCACGUCACCGUUCUUCAUGUCCGCCGAGGAAAGCAACCCACCGAUGCGCCACCACCCGGACGAACUCGGCGCCGUCGCGAACCUCACGAGCAACUGGGUCUCGAACAUGGUGUUUACCGUCACCGGGCAGCUGUGCACCAGUCGGCUGCCUCGCAUGGAAGAAGACGCAGCCCAGGAUCCGACGCAAGGACCCCUCAAAAGCAGGCGCAUCGAGCUCACCGAGAUAUCGACUCAGGGGAAGCCGAAGCCCCUAGGCCCGAAUGGAGAGCCACCUCCGAAGAAGAAGACCAGGAGAAUCCCCAUCAUUUCUCCUGAACAGCGUCACCCGGCGAGGUACUUUACCCCUGCUAUAUAUGUGACCAUUCCGGAGCCCUGGGCCGCUGCCCUGAAAGCGGCGGGCACUCUUGCGCAACCUCGUCAAUCGGUCCACUACUUCUUCCCGCCGCCCUUCCUGCUGGAUUCCGUCCACCAGUACAUCCACAACGCCGUGCGCAUCCGCGAGUUCUGCAGGCUGCGCCUGCUCGACCCGAUCGUCUCCGGGGAGCCUCUGACAAUCGCGGAAUGGCGCGCCGCCCUCUGGGGCGACUACCAGGUCAAGGAUAUCCCCACAGAGACCGACGACAGACGCUUGAAGCGCAAGUUGGAGGACAAAAAUGGCAUCGCCCGCCUCUUCGGCAACGGCGCCGCCCUCACGUCGUACAGCCCCGCGAGCGUCGAGCGCCUGCCCGGCGUCGACGUCGACGUUUCCGCGGAGGUCGCCGCGACGGACCCGCGCGUGCGCCGCAUGCUCCUCUGGGAGGCGCACGAGGUCAACUUCCGGUGCGAGCUCGCCGCGCUCGACUCCGCGCUCGUGCCGCGCGCGGCGAUGUCCGUCAUGGAGCGCUGGGGGCGCGAGGCGUUCUUGUCCGGGGUGUGGGGCGAAGACGCGUCGAUCGCGAGCGUCGUGCCGGACGUGCGGCCGGGGCGGGAGCCGUUCCUCUGGCUGUCGGCGCGCGGGGACGGCGACGACGCCGGGGGCGACAGCUGGGAGGCGGCGGUGCCCCGCCUCCGCCGCUUCCUCGCGGUGGCGUCGCAGUGGCCGGGGUGCAAGGACGAGGUGCGGGCGUUGCGGAGCGCGGAGACGUGGACUGCGGAGGAGUUCGACCUCGUCCAGCGGGAGGUCGCGAGUCUGUACGUCUCGCAGUUCGCGUCCCGCUUCGGACGGCUUCCCAUCCCCCCCGUAGCACAAGAAAGGCCUCCCGUUUAUUUGUGCCCUGCUCAUGAUGAAUAG